CCCAUCCCUGCUUCCCCGCCAGGAACAGCCGCGUCCGCGCAGGGAGCUGGGCAACCAUGUCGGGGCAGAGCCUGACCGACCGCAUCACGGCGGCGCAGCACAGCGUGACGGGCUCGGCCGUCUCCAAGACCGUCUGCAAGGCCACCACGCACGAGGUGAUGGGCCCCAAGAAGAAGCACCUCGACUAUUUAAUACUAUGUACAAAUGACAUGAACGUAAACAUCCCACAGUUGGCAGACAGCCUAUUCGAAAGGACAACAAAUAGUAGCUGGGUGGUAGUCUUCAAAUCUCUCAUCACAACUCACCAUCUCAUGGUGCAUGGAAAUGAGCGUUUUACCCAGUACCUGGCUUCCAGAAACACAUUGUUUAACUUGAGCAAUUUCUUGGACAAAAGUGGGUUGCAAGGAUAUGAUAUGUCCACAUUUAUUAGGAGAUAUAGCAGAUAUUUGAAUGAGAAAGCAGUUUCCUACAGACAAGUGGCUUUUGACUUUACAAAAGUAAAAAGAGGAGCUGAUGGAGUCAUGAGGACAAUGAAUACAGAAAAACUGUUAAAAACUGUACCAAUUAUACAAAACCAGAUGGAUGCACUGCUUGAUUUCAACGUCAACAGCAAUGAACUCACAAAUGGUGUAAUCAAUGCAGCCUUCAUGCUCCUUUUCAAAGAUGCCAUUAGACUUUUUGCAGCAUAUAACGAAGGGAUUAUUAAUUUGCUGGAAAAAUACUUUGACAUGAAAAAGAAUCAAUGCAAGGAAGCCCUUGACAUAUAUAAGAAGUUUCUGACUAGAAUGGCAAGAAUUUCUGAGUUUCUCAAAGUUGCAGAGCAAGUGGGGAUAGACAGAGGAGACAUACCAGAUCUUUCUCAGGCACCAAGUAGUCUUCUGGAUGCUUUAGAACAGCACCUGGCCUCCUUGGAAGGAAAGAAAAUCAAAGAUUCCACUGCUGCUAGCAGGGCCACCACGCUUUCCAAUGCAGUUUCUUCCCUGGCAAGCACCGGCCUCUCUCUCACCAGAGUCGACGAAAGGGAAAAACAAGCUGCGCUGGAGGAAGAACAAGUCCGUUUAAAACUUCUAAAGGAGCAGCGUCUAAAAGAGCUUGCAAAGAAACCCCACACAUCUUUCACCACAGCCUCUUCCCCUGUGUCUAAUACUGCAGGAAGUAUAAUGACCACACCAGCUAUUGAUAUUUUUUCCACACCCAGUUCUUCAAACAGUUCAUCCAAGCUGCCAAAUGACUUGCUUGAUUUACAGCCAGCUUUUCAUCCAGGUGUGCAUCCAAUAUCCUCUGCACCACAAGUGGGAGGGACCUGGGGAGAUCCUUUCACAUCCACUCCUGAGGCUGUUGACGAUGCCAUUCCAAACUUAAAUCCUUUCCUCACAAAAUCUAGCAAUCACCUCUCCUCUGAUGCACUCCCUUCUUUCACUUCUAGGACACCAACUCAUGAGAUGUUUGUUGGGUUUACACCAUCUUCUGUUGCCCCAUCGCAACCAUCAGCAGGCCUUAAUGUUGACUUUGAGUCUGUGUUUGGAAACAAAAGUACAAAUGCAUUAGUGGAUUCUGGUGGCUUUGAUGAAUUAGGUGGACUCCUAAAACCAACCGUGACUUCUCAGAACCAGAAUCUCCCAACUUCCAAAGCACCACCCAAUAAGUUAGUAUUAGAUGACUUGGAUUCAUCUCUAGCCAACCUCGUAGGAAAUUUGGGCAUUGGAAAUGGGACACCGAAAAAUGAUGUAAACUGGACCCAGCCAGGAGAAAAGAAACUAACAGGCGGUUCCAAUUGGCAGCCCAAAAUUGCACCGACCACUGCUUGGAAUGCUCCAACCAUGGCACCGCCUGUCAUGGCCUAUCCUGCUACAACGCCAACGGGAAUGAUGGGAUACGGGAUGCCAUCCCAAAUGGGAGGAGUACCAGUAAUGACGCAGCCAACUUUAAUAUACAGCCAGCCUGUCAUGAGACCUCCAAAUCCUUUUGGUCCUAUAUCAGGAGCACAGAUCCAGUUCAUGUAGUCAUGCCAGAUGGCUUGGAGUGAGAAAGUUCCAGAAAAGACACGUGCUCAGUGACCAACCCCCUUUUUUGCAGCUCAGUCAAAACGAAAGUCUCUCCAGCUCUCCAGUAGAACAGACUCAAAUCAUGCAAAGCCCACAACGGUUGUGGGUCUCUCGGCCAACCUCAGCACCUUGCAGCGUGGUAUAAAGCCAAGAAUUGCCACAAAUUUGGUGUGGGAUCUUUUUUCUACUCCCCCCUCCCCCCCGCUCCUGUGGUAACUUAACAUAUUAGUAACUCCCACCCCCUAUUUUAUAACUUGGAUGGGUAACCUAUAAAAAAAGGUGCCUAUCCUGCUAAAUAGCGUUCUCGAAACUGCUCUUUGGAACGAAGAGCUGGACACAUUUUAUUUCCUUACCUUCAGCGACUUUUCUCUAGAGGAUCGAAUCCUAACUCUGUAAUUCUGCAGCUUCCUCUCUCCAUUCAUCACAAACGUUAGGCUCCAUACCGAAAAGUUUAACUUAAAAAGGAGAAGAAAAAAAAAAACCCAACCCCACCGAAUUAUAUAUUCCGUUUGCAUAGACAUUCCUUUAUGUAUUAUUGUUUGUAUUUAUUUAUGAUUAUCCGUUUAAAUAACAAAUGUAUCACAACAAAGCCUCCUCUGUGGAGAAAUGAAUGCCGAUGUAUACUCUGGGUCUCCCAUUAGAGUUCGUUUCCUUUCAUUAUUUUUUUUUUAUCCACCGGAACAAUUUCCAGACAAUUCUCAAUCCACACUCCGCCAUGCAGAAUAUUGGGCACGUUCCAAGGUCUGAAAAAAACCGCCCCUUGUUGAAUACCCCCCCCCCCAGCA